CACAAUUUUGUGUAUCAAACUAUCUAAAAUGAGGCUUAAAAGACGAGUUUGUACUUUAAAAUGAUGAGUUUUCAACGUAUAUGACGCAAGGUGCCCUGUUCUUUCCUCCCGUUAAAGGGUCGUAAUAUUUAAACAUGGUCGGAGCGGGUUUGUGUAAGCGAUUGUCUGGGCCGCCCCUGACUCAGUACACCAGCGAGAACACCGUCACACAAACACAGCAUGAACAAGCUACGGUUUAAAUGGGGCGGCAACGGGUCCGAGAAGAAAGACAAGGAGCCCAAAAAUUACGUGAACGGCGGGGACCACUACAGCCUGCAGCCGGACACGGGGGAGUACUGCCAGGACCCGGCGGUACAGACUAACGGGGACGUGCCGGGGGAGCAUCCCGGCAACUCCCGGGUACAAUUCUCACCUGGCGCCGCCUCACCUGCGGGCUGGACCUACUACGUCACGCAGACGUCGCAGGAGGAAGGAGAAGAAGACGAGAACAGACGCUUACGUUAUGUGGGGAAGAGGGACUAUUCUGGCGGCGUGGAGGACACGGAGAUCGUCAGCAGAAACGGGACUGUGCGAGGGGUGAAGAACAGGGUCCGGGCGGGGCUGGCGCACUUCACCUCUCUCACACAAGGAGCGCAGACUCCCACGUCUCACUUGCAGAAGUCCUACAGUCACGAGAGGGGGAGGAUCAUUGUUUACACCACCAGCAUGCAAGUCGUCAGGGACACCGCCGAGAAGUGCCAAAAGAUCAGGAGAAUACUGGAAAGUCACAGAGUUCGCUUUGAGGAAAGAGACGUUGUAAUGAACUUGGAACUGCAGAGAGAACUGAGGGCGAGGCUCGGACAGACAGAGGAGGCGCUAACCUUACCACAAGUGUUCAUAGAUGGGCAACCGAUAGGGGGGGCAGAGAGAUUAGACCAACUUAACGAGGCAGGGGAACUCAGGAAACUGUUGAGCCGGUUCGAAAAAAUCACGGUGCGGUCCCUGUGCGCACGGUGCGGCGGGUACAGGUACAUCCCCUGCACGGUGUGUAACGGCAGCAGGAAGUCCGUGCACAGGAACAACUUCACGGACAUGUUCCGCCAGCUCAACUGUACCGCCUGUAACGAGAACGGUCUGCAAAGGUGCCCCGUGUGUGACGAGGACAUGGAGGAGGAGCACGUCAGUUAUAUAUGAAUAAGGCCAUACUGAUUUGAUUAUAUGGAUGACAUCUCCUGGGCACUGCAAAAGUAAUGCGAGCAUGCAAAAAAAAAUUAAAAGUGGGACCCAAAAAAUGUUGCAUUCUUGAUAAACUCCAAGUGGUGAGGAACAUCUUCAUGAAAGACUCGCUCAGGGCUCGAAAUACAAUUUUUACAAGGGGUAUCGUUAAGUUUUCGACAUGUCGACAAAAUCAGUAUAUCUUACGAUAGGAAAGGAGGAAUUCUAUAACAUUAUUAUCCAUUUUUGGAUAUUUUUUAAAGUCAUUUUGCAGCUUCUGUGUACAAUAUGUACAGUACUGUAUUGUCAGCGGACGAAAAUUGAUGCGCGCGGGAAUGUCAUCUGUAUAUCAAAUCAGCGUGGCCUUAAUUAUAGCAACAAGUCACUUAGAGCAGUCUCAUUGUGCCGCAUCCAAAUUGUAACUUUCAAAUCAUAUGUAAAGACAUCGUACUUCAUUUAUAUCCUUCUGCAGGUACACUACUUUCUACGGUAAAACUUGAUGCACUGUCCGAUGACUUAUCUGAACAUUGCAGGUACACACAUGAUAAAACGUUUGCUGAAAGUGUUGAAAUGAUAAAAGCAAAGGUAUUUGGAUACUUUUGAUAGGUUACUCCUGUUAGCAGUUGGGCAAUAGGUUAUCCUUUUUAACGAUUUAAUGCUUUUAAGUUUAGUCCAUGUACUUUGAUAUCAUAUUAUGUAGUACAUGAAUUUAUAUCUCAUGAAAAUGAAGAUCUCUGUUUUACGAGUACCUAGUCUUGUGAUACUCUGUCAAAGGUAGAACGCACUCAGACAAAGUAACUGUCAUCUGUUUUGCGACAUACCCCAUUGUGACAUCACGGCAUACCAUUGUCGCUGCCAAGCAAAAUAUCUGUCCCCCCGCAAGACUGCUUGUAAAGCAAAUUGCUGAUGUUACAAGAACAAAAUCAAUAUUGAGCACUUGCAAAUGGGGGAAAGUUAUGUAGACUUUAAACACAACUUACAGUAUUAGGCGGCUAGUUGUUCUCACUUGAAUUGGAUUCCCUGAACUGCAUCUUUUACUAGUUUUAGCUUCAUUGCUCUUACUUGCCAACCCAGCCCAGGGUAGAUUAUUGUUGUAAAACAUUAAAUCCAGGCGUUACCUGACGGAAAGGGUACAUGUAUUUGAAAAAAAUUAGUUUAAAAAAUUAUCGCACCCCCCCCCCCUCCAGGCACGGUUUUGGCAACGCACUGACAAACAUGGAUUUCGUUUCAACCGUUGAUGAGAAAGCGACCUUUGCUUUUAAUGUCAAAAUCCAAUAUUCAAAUCUAAUGUUAUGUUAUGUUCAAUCAUGAAUGACGAUUGCCUUAUAAGGACAUCCGGGAUUUUCACAACUCAGACGUAUGACAUGUCAUGAACAAUGUUUCACAAAAAUACACAAUGUGUUUGACAGAAACAACAGCAUGUUAUCUACUUGAAUACUGUUGUUUUGCAACUUUCCCUGUGGAUCGGGGAAUUGUAUUUGUAAAUUUUGGCAAUAUCGUAAAAUCACAGCUAAUAUAUUCUACAGCAAAACUGUAUGCUAAUUCAGAUGAUAAAAAUCAAGAAUAUAUCAGAUAUUUAUCAUAAUGUAGACUAAAAAGUAUAAUAAUCAUGACCAUAACCAAGACUGUAAUUGAAAUACAUAGAAUUUGUAUAAAAGAAAACUUUUAUGAAGUCACUGUUUUAUUCCAUAUUGCCCAAGUAUGUAGGAUUUAUUACAUAUCUGAUAUUAUAAUUAUUGUGUUUCCUUCACCAGUAUCUAUUCAAAAAAUCACAGCUGUAUUUCAGAGAUGUGAUAUUGACGCUCUAUCGUGUUAUAAUGAAUUUUGGUAAGCCGAAAAUGCCCGUUCUUGAUGUUAUACAAGAUGUGUUAUUGUUAAAUCUUCCAAUGAAAUGAAUUGUACCAGUUAUAAAAAUUCUCAUUGUUCCUGUUUAUUUAAUGAAAGAGAAGGCAAAGGCAAUGUGGAAGGGAACAAUGUUAGCUGGGGAGAAAUAAAGCAUAAAAAGUC